UCCCCGAUUCACCCGCGUAGCAAUUUGGCAGCGAACAAGUGGAAACCCUAAUCGGAACUGGUUAUCUGAUCUGUGGAGAGAAGCAAAAUCCAUCUAUGGCGGAUGAGAGUGUGAUCACGCCGUCAGAAGCUAGCCCCGUAGCAUCCGCCGGAGAUGGCCACAAGAGGAAGCUCGAAGAUUUUGACGCUCCUGAGGUUGUUACGGAGUCUGAGAACAGCGACGCGGUGAAGAACGGGUCGCAGGAGGAGGGGAAUGGCGGUGUGGAUGAAUCUGAGACUAAACGGCCCCGUUUGGAGAGCAAUGGGGAUAAUGUUGCCGAAGCUGAUGAAUCAGCAGUUCCACAAAAUGGACACAUGGAAGAUGAACCUGAAGAGGAAGAGGAUCCUGAGGAGGAACCUAAAGAGGAGAAAGAAGACGAACCUAAAGAAGAGUCUGAGCUGCCUGAAAUUGAGGAUAUUAACGUCCAGUCUAUUGAGGCCCAAGAACUUGUUGAAGAGCCAAUUGAGACAGCCACUGAAGAAACAGCUCCUAAUGACAAUGAGAAAACUGAUGUUGGAAGUGUUGGAGAAGCUGAACAACCAAAUGCAGAAUCUGAAGAAGAGCCAUCCAGUCUUCCGAGAGAAGGGGAUGUUCCAGUUGAGUCUGCUGACAGGCAGCCAGGUUCAGAUACAAUACUGUCGCGCAAAAUGGAGGUUCCUAAUGACAAGGUUGGAGUUCUUAUAGGUAAGGCAGGAGAUACAAUCCGUUCCCUGCAGGAUAAUUCUGGUGCGAAAAUUCAGAUUGUGAGGGAUGCUGAUGCCGAUCCACGAGCUGUAUCUAGGCCUUUGGAACUAGUUGGAACCUUGGAAAGUAUAAACCGGGCAGAAAGGUUGAUAAAGGACGUGAUUGCAGAGGCUGAUGCUGGAGGGUCUCCCUCACUUGUUGCUCGAGGAUUCAGCACAGUUCAGGCUGCCAGUGGUGGCGAGCAACUUGAAAUUCAAGUCCCAAUUGAAAAGGUCGGUUUAAUCAUUGGGAAGGGUGGAGAAACAAUCAGAAACUUGCAAACAAGAUCUGGAGCUCGCAUUCAGCUAAUUCAACCAAAUGGUGCUGAAGACCAAUCUAGUGAGAAGAUGGUCCGUGUGACUGGUAACAAGAAGCAGAUUGAGACUGCAAGAGAAAUGAUUAAAGAAGUUAUGAAUCAGACUGUAAGACCAUCACCUCUCUCCGGAGGAUACAACCAGCAGGGAUAUCGUCCACGUGGGCCUAUUGCUCAACAAUGGGGACCAAGGGGCUCUCAUCAUGCCCAUUUCUCUGGUUACGACUACCCACAAAGAGGACAAUAUCCUUCUCAGAGUUCACAAUAUCCUCCAUCAUAUGGUAACUACGCUCCCCCACAGGCUCCAAGAGGCAACUUCGGUCCAAGCUGGGAGCAAAGACCUCCAGCAUCUAUGCAUGGACCUCCUCAGGGCAAUUACAAUUACGGGCAGCAGCAUGGCCCAGAUUACACUCAUUCAGCCCCUUACCCUCAAGCUCCUUCACAGCACUAUGGACAUGGGUAUAAUGAGGCUAAAUAUGAUCAUCCUGCUUCAGCACAACAUUAUGGCCACAUGAACUCUCAGCCAACACCGUAUGCUCCAGGUGGUGCACACUCAGGUUAUGGUAAUCAGGACCAGUACGGUAAGCCACCCAUGUACGGACAAGCACCUCAUUCUCAGCCCUAUACUCAACCUAGGCCUAAUCAACCUGGAGAAGUGCCUUACCAAGGUCCUGGUUCAGCCACUCAACCAUACGGUCAGAACAUGCCAUCUCAGCAGUCUUACCACUAUGGGUCAAAUGCACCUAUGCAACAAAGCUAUCCUCCAUACGGGGGUACCACUGAUGGGUAUGGCCAUCCACCUGCCACAGCAUCUGCUUCUGCAUAUCCUCCUCAAGGUGGUCAGCCUGGGUAUGGUCAGCCAGGAGCUCAACAGCCACCUGCAUAUUCUCAAUCAGCACCUGCAGCAACAGGUUACGGUUCGUACCCCACAGCUCAACCUGGUUAUACCGAGCAACCAGCUGCCAAUAAUACAACCUACGGGUACCAAGGCCCGACAGAUCAGGCCUAUGGUGCUGCUGCCCCAGCCACAGCAGCUUAUCCCGCAACUGCUACUGGACAGUCUGGUUAUGCUCAAACUCAGCCUACGUACGAUCAGUCUGGUGGCUAUGGAAAUGUGCCUCCAGCAGCAGCUGCUUAUGGAAAGAGUGCGUCACCCCAGGCUGCAUAUCAACAAUAUGAUUCUAGUCAGAUGUACGGUGCACAUCGCUGAAUUUUGGUUAGUGAAAUCAGGAAGAGAGUGAGGGAGGUAUUUUAGAGUGGACUCGAUAGCUGUAGUAACUUGCUGACUUCCAAACAGUGCAAUCCAGUACCAGUAAUGCUCAUAUAUUUGAUCUUAUGAUUAGUUAAAACAUGUAAUCAAUUGUCGUUCUGAUUACUUUCGUCUUGCUACUGGAAGUCCCUUCUCUGGUAGGCUCCAUGUUAUAGAGAUUCUGCAAAAUUUGACAUUAAAGCAAAUGGCCGUUGAGUCUAUUUCCUA